AAGCACCGUAGCAUGUAGAAGAUUCUCCUUUUUUUGCGUUACUUUUCCCAAACAACAAAUUCUCCUAAAAUGUUAUCGUUGUCUUAUUAAAACAUCCCAAAAUAAAAGCAACAAAAUAAGUUAAUUGUAUUUAGAAUGAGGAUAUACGCUAAAACUAAAAGUGGAGGUGAUGUGAACAUGAGCUAUGAAGGCAAAUAUUUGCUGGAUCCUCGUUACAUGACCAAAAGAGAUCUACAAUUUUACUAUCGUUAUUACAAUAUGACAAAGAAGCGAAAACACUGCAAAAAGAUCAUUUUUGUUGUUUUAUGCAUUUGUGUCUUUUCGUACAUAUUCAUCGAUUUUAAUCUUAAGACCAAACUGAUAAAUCUAAGAGAUCGCUUCGAGUUCAUAGCCCGCAUUGAUGCAGACUACAACAUAACACAGGCGUACUUUAUAGAUUUGCCUGGGUGUCGGAUGCCCUACUUUCCCGUAACCGAUGACAAUAUAAUACAAUUCAUGUAUAGACCUAGAAACUUCACCUGUAAGAAAGCUUUAAUUCGCACCACAGGCACCAAUGCACUGGAGCUAAAUAUAGAUGAGAAGGACAUGAGAGAGCUAUACGAUAUAAACGAUUUGAACGAAAUUACCUGCAACUACAGCGAAGUUGUGAGAGUUAACGACCAACGUAAUAGGUAUUUGGAUGCCGUGCCAUUCAAAUUGGAAUUUAAUAAGAGUACAACGCUGGAAGCCAACAUUGAGUUUGUAAUGGUUGAAUGCUGGAAUAAGCAGAUACAAAGUUUUUAUAAAGAUUUCUUUUUCUUUGUGCUGUAUACAAAAAGAGCUACUGAAAUGCCCCCAUACGGAAUCACACAAAAUCCAAAGGAAACCAUCUCUUCCUCCUCGAAAGAAGAUCAAACUAAGGCUCCUGUGCAGCAAGAGAGGGGAAUAGAUGAACCAAUUUCCGUCAUGCUAUUGGGUAUCGAUAGUGUGUCACAUCUUAAUUUCUUGAGGCAAAUGCAUUCUAGCGCUUCGUAUAUACACCGCAAGCUUAACUAUGUAGAGCUUUGGGGCUAUAAUAAAGUAGGUGACAACACGUACCCGAAUCUUAUUCCGGCGCUAAGUGGAUUUGAUGCUGAAGAACUAGACAUAUCCUGUCUGGGCUCGCCUAAGGUUCCCAACCGUAUAUACGACAAGUGCUCCCUUAUAUGGAAACGUUUCAAAGAUGCUGGAUUCAAGACAAUUUAUGGCGAAGAUGUUGGUUAUCUUAGUCUUUUUAAUCGGCAGCAAGCAGGAUUUAAGAAAAAGCCCACCGAUUAUUACUUGCGUCCCCUGCUGAUGGAAAUGGAACGCUACAUAAGCAGUGAAAAGACAGUGAACGUGGCGCUCUGCAUGGGCGGACGGCGCACUGUUGAUAUUUUACUGGAAUAUAUUCGGAAUUUGUUGCCGCUCAUGAAAAACGAAAAGUUUUUCGCAUUUUUUUGGGCUGUCACGAUGACUCACGAUCUAUUUAAUAUGCCAAUGUUGCUCGAUGAGGACAUAAAAAAUUUACUAGCGACGUUUGACUUACAAGGAGUCCUCAAUCGCACUAUUGUAUUUUUAAUGAGUGACCAUGGAAUUCGUUGGGGCUCGUUUCGCAAAACAUAUCAAGGUAUGAUGGAAGAACGCCUGCCCCUAUUAAUAGCCUUAUAUCCUUCGUGGUUCAAACAAAAAUAUCCUGAAGCAAUAACCAAUUUGGAAUUGAACGCCAAACGUUUAACGACACCCUUUGAUUUGCAUGCCACCAUGUUGGAUCUUCUGGAUUUACGACAAAUCGAGAAAAGUCGCAUCAAAAAGCGCACAGUGGAACUCAACGACCCCGAAACAAGUACUUUUCGAAGCAUAAGUCUCUUUCUUCCCAUACCGAUUAACCGAACAUGUGAACAGGCCGGAAUUGCUUCGCAUUGGUGUAGUUGCCACCAGCGACAAGAAUUACCCACCAACGAUGGUCGGGUCCAGCGAGCCGCCCGUUAUAUCGUCAAAUUGAUAAAUGAUCGCCUGAAAGAUCAUCCUCAGUGUCGAGUGUUGUACUUGAAUUCUAUUAUGGACGCCACUGUGGCACAGCCACACCACAAAAUAGUCAAAGAACUGGGCAUUAGUGACUACUCCAUCGACAUUACUUUGCGUCUGCAGACAAAACCCGGCCUCGGCCUCUUCGAGUCCACCGUCCGGAUGUCCACUUACGGCACAGCAUUGACCGGCACCAUUAGCCGAAUUAACCUAUACAGUAGCCAGAGUUAUUGCAUCGAUGACUACGCCUUAAAAAUGUUUUGUUACUGUCACAGAUAGACAUUCAAGAACGUGUUCAUCCGUACAUAGAAGGCCAUCGGUCAUGUGCCAUCAUUAGUUACUCUUUGGCCCAAAUUGGGUUUAAUCGAUCGAUUAAUUAUUAUUGACACUAAUUAUUGACUUAGUUUUAAUCAAAAAUGACGACUUUUCCAACAGCAAAAAUGUACUGAAGCCUUAAUAUUAUUUAUUUAGUUAAACAAAAACAAAAAAAAAUAAAACAAAAAUGUGAUUCAAACA